AUGUCUACAGUAAAAGUAGAAAACCAAAAAGCUACGGGAUCUAAAGAAAAUGGACGUGAUGGUUCCGAUGAUUUACUUGAUCUCAAAGGUAAAGUCGAAUCCAGAUUAUUAUCUAUGUGGAAUAACGUAAAAUUUGGUUGGACUGUUAAAUUAAAAACUAGUUUUUCUAAAGAAUCGCCUGUAUGGUUGCUAGGUCGCUGUUAUCAUCGCAAAUUAAGUCCUACAGGUUCCUUGGAAUCUUCAACAGAGAUUGGGACAGAGGCAACCGCCCACCAACCUAUGGAACAGAUUUAUGGAGAAGGCAUUGAAGGAUUUAAAUCUGAUUUUAUUAGUAAACUUUGGAUGACAUAUCGGAGAGAAUUUCCCACAAUGUCAGGUUCAACUUUCACCACAGAUUGUGGUUGGGGAUGCAUGUUAAGAAGUGGACAGAUGAUGUUGGCUCAAGCUUUAGUUUGCCACUUUUUGGGACGUUCCUGGAGAUGGUGUCCCGAAAAGACUAUUCAGAAUGCUAGAGAAUUUCAAGAAGACUGCCUUCAUCGAAUGAUAGUUAAAUGGUUUGGUGAUAAGUCCUCAGUUAAUAGUCCUUUAUCAAUCCACAAUAUGGUAACAUUAGGUGCGACUUUGGGCAAGAAACCUGGUGACUGGUAUGGACCUGCCUCUGUAGCCCAUUGUCUAAAAGCAGUUGUAAAAGCUGCAUCAAAAGAGAAUUAUGAGUUUGAUAGCAUUGAAGUAUAUGUGGCUCAAGAUUCAACAGUUUAUGUCCAAGAUGUAUAUUCAAAUUGUCAUUUACCCAAUGGAUCAUGGAAAUCUCUUAUACUCUUAGUUCCUGUCAAAUUGGGCACUGACAAAUUUAAUCUGACAUAUGGACCUUGUCUCACUUCACUACUCACAUUAGACUUUUGUAUUGGAAUUAUAGGAGGCAGACCAAAACACUCUCUGUAUUUUAUAGGGUAUCAAGAUGAUCGAUUGAUUCAUUUGGAUCCACACUAUUGCCAAGAAAUGGUUGAUGUUUGGCAACCUAAUUUUUCACUACAAACUUUCCACUGCCGAUCACCAAGAAAAAUGCCUCUCAGUAAAAUGGACCCAUCAUGUUGUAUUGGGUUUUAUUUGGCAACACAGCAUGACUUUGAAACCUUUGUUAAUGUUAUUACAUCUUUUCUCAUUCCACAAGGUGUCUCAGCUAAUUUUGAAUAUCCUAUGUUUACAUUACACAGUGGAUCUAGUAGCACUGUUCUUGAUUUCCCAAGAAUGAGACAUUCAAUAUAUGAAACAGAGCAAAAUUGGGUGACACCAAAUUUGAAUGAUAGUGAUACUGAUAUUGAAUCAGAGGAAUUUGUCCUAAUAUAGUCAUGAAUAUGUGUUAUCUAUCAGUACCAAAUUAUAAAUUUAAAUGUGAUGUUAUAAAUUAUUUUUUGCCACUAUAGCAAAAUCAAAUCAUGUCUAGAUUGUAAUGGUGCAAAUUCUGUUGUAUCAUAUGCUCUAAAUAAAAAUAAUGUUAAUUUGUUCUAACCAUAGAUUAUGGUUUUAAUUAGUCCAUAGUCACAUGUAAUCCAAGAAAUAUAAUCUGUAUAUAAUAACUUUUCUAUUGUCUCACUUAAUUGCAGAACUGGUUACUUGACUGUUUUGGGAAAAGCAUUUUAAAACUUUCAUAUGAAAACAAUCAAUCAUGUGACAUAUCGAGCCUGACAUUUCAAUAAACAUGAGUAAGAUCAAAGAUUCACUUUUUGAAAUGUGAUAUCACACAAAGCGCCGUUCCAGUUCUUGUAAUUCAUAGAUAAAAAAUUGUAAGUUAAUUCUGCAAAAGUAAAUAUUUUAAAAUAAAAAUUACAUAUAUGUCAUUUACGUUUUGAGUUACCAUUUUCAACAUAUUUCAUGAUUUAUUCUUAUGACGUCAAGUAGCCAAUCGAAAAUGCAGUUUGAUAAGAUUGAAACUAGAUGUAGCCUAGUUUGUGCAACAGAAUGAAUUGCUACCAAUGAUAAUGUGUACUUAUUGCUGUAUAGUGUAAAAUAAAGCUUAUUUAUUAU